UAUUAUUUUUUUUUUUUUUCCUGGUUACACGGCGCUACCCAAUUUAAUGAGCUGUCUCCAUUUUUUUUAUUUUGUAUUUUUUUUUGCCUCCUCUUUAAUUGCAGUGGUAGCCGUUUUAGUUCUUGUUUUAGUUCUUGACUCGGCUGGGGCUUUUCCUGCCCCCCUUCUCUCUCUCUCUCCCUGGAAGCCCUACUUGAGACCCUGUCGAAUCGAUCAAAGCGCACUGCCUUCUUUCGGAGCUUCGCUGGCCACUGAUCGUUGGUUGCUGAUCUGGGAAAGACCCUUUGGAGGAGGCUUAAAGAGUGGUGCUUCAAAAAAUUCUUCAAGAAACUCUGGGUUGUGACGUGAUUGGGAUCGGAAAACUUGGAUUAGGCUUCUGUAUCUUUGGGAUCAUGUCUGUUCUACGUGCUUUUGGAGCAUUUACCCCCGAAGACAACUACUUGAUUGACUGUGGUUCGCAAGAGAACACGACCAUUGGCACUAGAAUUUUCGUCGCUGAUACCUUCGUUUCUUCUACCAUAACGCCUCCUGGUAGCAUCUUGGCCAAUACCUCAUCCAACUCGGUCUCAUCUUUUGACAGCUCGGCGCUUUAUCAGACUGCACGGAUCUUCACCGGAUCCUCCUCCUACUCUUUCUCGAUCCAGAAGCAUGGCAGGCACUUCAUCCGCCUCUACUUCUUCCCAUUUAUGUUCCAAAGCUACAAUCUCAGUGCUGCAAACUUCACAGUUUCGACUGAUGAUGUUGUCCUCCUCCAUAAUUUCCGACCGCAGGGGAAUUCUUCUCCAGUUUUCAGGGAAUAUUCGGUGAACAUAAAUCGUGACAAACUCAUCCUUUCGUUUGCACCCUCAGGAAACCCAGCCCUUGCAUUCAUAAACGCUAUAGAAGUUGUUUCAGUUCCUGAUUAUCUCAUAAAUGAUACUGCCUUGAUUGUUAAUCCUUUCGAGCAAUAUCAAGGCUUGUCAGAGCAGGCGUUGGAGACUGUUUAUAGGAUCAAUAUGGGCGGCCCCAAUGUUUCCUCAGAAAAUGAUACUCUGUGGAGAACUUGGGUUAAUGAUCAAAGCUUCCAACUUUAUAAGAAUGUUGCCAAAGCAGUUUCUUACUCUGGAACGAUUAAUUAUCUGCCAGGAGGAGCCACUCAAGAGACUGCCCCAAAUAUUGUCUAUAGCACAGCGAUAGAGUUGGCAGAAACAAAUACUUCUAACGCACUUUUUAACAUGACAUGGCAGUUCAACGUUGAUGCAAAUUCUGGUUAUUUUAUACGGCUUCAUUUCUGUGAUAUAGUUAGCAAGGCACUUGGGAAUCUCUACUUUGAUGUUUACAUAAAUGGCUGGUCAGUGGCUUCCAAUCUUGAUCUGAGCGAACUGACAUCGCAAACUUUGGCUGCACCUGUUUAUAUGGAUUUUGUUUUGGCAGCUAGUGAUGCAUCCAGUAAGCUUCGUAUUAGUAUCGGCCCUUCAACCUUGCCUAAUGUUUGGCCUGAUGGCAUUCUGAAUGGGCUUGAGAUCAUGAAAAUGAAUUUUUCCACUGGUUCCGUUAUUGUUAUUGCACCACCUGGUUCAAAGAAAAAUUUUGGUGUGAUAUUGGGCUCAGUCCUCGGAGCAAUUGCUGUGGCAAUUGCUGCUUUUGUUCUCUUGGUGGUGCUUCGGAGGAGGAAAAUGGCAAGGAAGCCUCAUUCAAAGACUUGGAUGCCUUUCUCUGUCAAUGGACUGACUUCACACAGCACAGGGAGUAAAACUUCUAAUGGCACCGCUGCUACAUCUGCACAAAAUGCAAGCCUUAGUUUCCGGUUCUCCUUAGCUGUGUUGCAGGAAGCAACAAACAACUUUGAUGACAAUUGGGUGAUUGGAGUAGGAGGUUUUGGGAAGGUCUACAAGGGAGUGCUGAAAGAUGAGACCGAGGUUGCAGUUAAGAGGGGUAAUCCAAGAUCCCAACAAGGCCUCAAUGAGUUCCAGACAGAAAUUGAGCUGCUAUCAUGUCUGCGCCACCGUCAUCUGGUUUCUCUUAUUGGGUACUGUGAUGAGUGGAAUGAGAUGAUUCUUGUUUAUGAGUACAUGGAGAAAGGGACUCUCAAAGGCCAUCUCUAUGGCUCUGACCUUCCUAGUCUUAGUUGGAAACAGAGGCUGGAAAUUUGCAUCGGAGCAGCCAGAGGACUUCACUACCUUCACACUGGUUUUGCCAAGGCUAUCAUCCACCGUGAUGUUAAAUCCGCAAAUAUUCUACUUGACGAGAAUCUCAUGGCCAAGGUUGCAGACUUUGGGCUCUCAAAGACCGGACCAGAUUUGGACCAGACCCAUGUUAGUACUGCAGUAAAAGGGAGCUUUGGUUAUCUUGAUCCAGAGUAUUUCCGCAGGCAACAGCUGACAGAGAAGUCAGAUGUGUAUUCAUUUGGAGUCGUUCUGCUUGAAGUGCUUUGUGCAAGACCGGUCAUCGAUCCCACCCUUCCAAGAGAGAUGGUGAACUUAGCAGAGUGGGCCAUGAAAUGGCAGAAGAGAGGAGAGUUGAAGCAGAUUGUGGAUACUCGGAUUGCAGGAACAGUUAGGUCUGAUUCUCUGAGGAAGUUUGGUGAGACUGUCGAGAAAUGCCUGGCAGAUUAUGGUGUGGAGAGGCCCACAAUGGGAGAUGUGCUGUGGAAUUUGGAAUAUGUGCUGCAUCUCCAAGAGGAAGAUUUGGGGGUCUCUGAGGUUAAUAGCAUCAAUCGGAUUGCUGAACUUUCUUCACGGUUUCAGAACACUGGGAACCUUGAGGGUGCAACUGUUGAGGAAGUUAGUACCUCAAGUUCCAACAAUCUUUCUAACGACUCUAUGAAUAGAGUUUUCUCGCAGUUGAUCAAGGCUGAAGGUGGACCAACACCAAGUCUAAAGUCAUGGCAUGAAGGUAGGCAAACAGAACUCUGAGCAGAACCAUCCAUUUCAAGGAUCUGCAGUAGAUAUAUGCUUGCACUUUGUAUAUAUGAUGGUACUUUUGUGAAUGUCAUGUUGAUAGAAUCUGUUCCUGGACUACCUAUAGUCUGCAAGCUGAAAUUGGAUAGCAUUCUUGAUGGCGUCAACAUUCAAUUCAAAGUUGCAAAGGAAGAGUACUCUGCCAAGCACAUGAUACAAAGGAAGAGUACUCCGCUAAGCACAUGAUUUUGAGCAGCCGUUCUAUUGAUCGUCUGGAAAUCUGAAUAUUGUAGAAAGGUACACUGAUGGCAUGUGCUACCAGCAGCCACAACAUGCCAGGAGAUCAUGACCUGAUUUGUUGUAAUGCCAGAUGGUGUGCUUUGGUGUGAAGAAAAAGGCACUUGAUUAGUCCAAAUUUGCAACAGCCUUCGCCAACUGGGUUUCUUUUGAUGCUUCAACUUUUAGGUGUGCUGCCAAAGGAUGUGUUUUAUAGCAGCCUGAUCAGCAAAGUGGAACAGGAAUAAACCGGGAAAACAUAGUUUGCCGAUUAUUUGCAUCCCAGCCUAUGCAGGUAUCUAAGUGCAGGCACUUGAGGUGCUUAGCAGCUUGAUCAGCAAAGUGGGGCAUAAGAAAGACAGAACAUAAUGUGUAGCAAGUAAUUUUACUACACAUUUGUUGUGCCUGGUUUGUGUAUCCGUAAUUAGGCAAGUACCAUGUGGGCCGGGUGAAAACAAGAGUACAUAAACCUUUCCGGUCUUGAUUGGUUCAGGAUUUAGAUUUUUUUUUUUUUCA